AUGUCUCACAAUUCCACCAAAAUGUAUGACGAAGAUGACGCUAAUAAUGAUGCUAAUAAUAAUGGCGCUGAGCGCCUAUCUCAGUCUCAAAAAUCCUACGAUCAUUCUUCCCAUUCUUCACACUCUUUCCCUUCCAACCAAAAUCAAAACGAUAUUAUUAAUAAUGACUCUUUACAACCUCAACAAUCAAAUAUAUUAAAAAAUUCCAAUAAUAGCAAUACAAAUUUAAGCAUCAACCCAAGCACUAAUUCAGCUGAGAGAUAUAGUAAAAUAUUCCCGGAUUUCUUCUCAAAUUCUUCUUCAAAUAACUCUUUUAGGAAUUCUAUUUCAAAACGUAGUUCUAAUAUUAUACACCCUUAUCAAACUCCUACCCAGAGAAGAGAUCCCGACCUUGAUGAUUUUAAUUCAAAUAGUGAUCAACACGAACCCUUAAACGCUCAUCAACAUAAAUCUUAUUU